UUUCCAAAAUGGCAAAAGCCUCCCUCCCCAUACGAAGAUCUGUUCCCCAUUUGAGGAAGCUACACGGAAACAUAGGCAACUGUUUCGCUCGUUAAGAUAACCCAUUGCCUGCUCGUUUCUUGUCCCCUUUAGGGUCUACCGAAUUUUCCCGGAAAGCUUUUUCUGUUUGGUUUGGUUCUCUUUGUUUAUUGGAAGAGUCUCGUCCCCUUUGUGAGAGUUGUUGAAGCAGUGUUUUGAAGCACCUUUUUAUGAACGGUGUUUGUAUUUGUUGUGUAAUUGCGAUUUAAUAGUUACCAAUUGUGACUAUAUUUAGGUGAUUGCAAAACUAGGGUUUUGGCUUUGGAUUAGAGCUUGAAAGAAGAGGAGAAAUUGAAAAAAUUUGAAGGUUGAACGUUGAAAGGCGUUUUGGAGUUUCAUUCGUUAAAUUCUUAUGAAGUAAAUCUUUGAUUAGGUGUUAUACUGUUUGCUCAGAACACUAAUACCCGUUUGAUCUCUGCAUUCGCUUUCUUUGUAAAACUUAGUUCAGGUUUACUAAAGUAAAACUUGGUUGGAACGAAGUUUUAAAUUGAGAUCCUGGUGGCUUCUCCACUUUGAAGUCAGCUAUGACACGAGCUAGUUCGAUCCAAUUGUCCCACGAAUUAUGGAUUCACAGUAGUCAGGGUUGCUAUGGCCAAAAUACUAAAAUCAUUGGAAAGGGAACAAACAGAGUACAUGUAGUUAAUGUCAAUCUUUCAUCACGUAGUCUGAGACAGGAUUCUUGGACUCUUCACUUUUUAAGUAGCACACAUAGGCCAAUAUGCCAUGCACCUUCCAGCUGCAAUGCUUUCGUCUGCCGAUCUCUUCUGUCUCCAGGAGGAGGAAAUGGGAUUCCUCUUCUAAAGUCUGCUUCUGUGGUCCUCAGUAGGUCAUAUGAUGCCCUACGUGGAAGUCCUGUUGUGCUUAAGUUGAUCCCAGCUGUUGGUAUCAUUGCUUUUGCUGCAUGGGGUCUUGGCCCACUUAUGCGUCUGAGCAGAAUUUUUUUUCUCCAUAAAUCUGAUAAGAAUUGGAGUAAAAGCAGUUCGCAUUAUGUUCUGACCUCAUAUCUUCAACCUUUGCUGCUAUGGGCUGGAGCAAUACUCAUUUGCAGAGCAUUGGAUCCUGUAGUUCUACAAUCAGAAGCAAGCCAAGCUGUGAAGCAACGACUUCUGAACUUUAUACGUUCAUUAUCAACUGUGUUGGCAUUUGCCUAUUGUAUAUCAAGCUUGAUUCAACAGGCACAAAACUUCUUCAUAGAGACAAAUGACUCCAGUGAUGCAAGAAAUAUGGGAUUUAGUUUUGCUGGCAAAGCUGUUUAUAGUGCAGUUUGGGUUGCUGCUGUAUCAUUGUUCAUGGAAUUGCUGGGUUUUUCUACUCAAAAGUGGGUCACGGCUGGAGGUCUUGGUACCGUAUUGCUCACUCUUGCUGGUCGUGAGAUAUUUACGAAUUUUCUUUCAAGUGUAAUGAUCCAUGCAACACGGCCGUUUGUUUUGAAUGAAUGGAUUCAGACAAAGAUUGAAGGCUAUGAAGUUUCUGGAACUGUUGAGCAUGUGGGUUGGUGGUCACCAACAAUUAUAAGAGGCGAUGAUCGUGAAGCAGUUCACAUUCCCAACCAUAAAUUCACUAUGAAUGUUGUGAGAAAUCUUAGCCAGAAGACUCAUUGGCGAAUUAAGACCCACCUUGCCAUCAGUCACUUGGAUGUCAACAAAAUUAAUAACAUAGUUGCUGAUAUGCGGAAGGUUUUGGCUAAAAACCCUCAAGUAGAGCAGCAAAAGCUGCACAGAAGAGUCUUCUUGGAUAAUAUUAACCCAGAGAAUCAGGCUCUUAUGGUUUUUGUGUCAUGCUUCGUGAAAACCUCUCAUUUUGAAGAAUACCUGUGUGUAAAGGAAGCAAUAAUCUUGGAUCUUCUUAGAGUUAUAAGCCAUCACCGGGCUCGGCUUGCCACACCGAUCCGUACUGUUCAGAAGAUAUACAAUGAGGCUGAUUUAGCUAAUGUACGUUCUGCUGACACUAUUCUUACUCGUUCAGGAGCAGUUGCUAACCGCCCACUAUUGCUGAUUGAACCCUCUUAUAAAAUCAAUGGUGAUGAUAAAACUAAAGCUUCAAGCCGUUCAGUAUGUACCAAUGGGGAAAAAGAUGCGAAGGCUGAAGCAGCCUCAACAUCUGAGUCCAAAGCAGAUGCUAAUGCAGGAUCAACAACAAACACCCCUGAAUCUAAGGGUUUGGCAACCCCAGCAUCUGAUCGCUGGCAGUCAAAAAUGGUUCAUGAUAAUUCAGUGCCAAACAAUCCUGAAACAAAGAAAACUAGUGAAAGCAUCGAAGACACAUGGAAGGAGAACAUGGGGCUAAAUUCCGAAGACAUAACUCUGGGAAGGGCAGCACCUGAAGAAUAUUCUGAAUCUAAAAGAAGUGAGAUUCCCUCAACUAUUUCCCAGGCUAAACAGGACGUUGAAAGGUCUGCUGCAUCAGCAUCAGUAGCCAGGCCUCCAUUGGAGGAGAACAUUGUUCUUGGGGUUGCUCUGGAGGGCUCAAAACGAACACUUCCAAUAGAGGAAGAAGUUGCUCCAUCUCCUUUCCCCUCAGAGUCCAAGGAAUUGGCUGCAAGCCGGAAUGGAGGUGGGCCCCCAUCUGUUGGAAAGGAUAAGAAAGAUGAAUGCCAAUAGUUCCUAAGUCAGAUUGAUUAGCUGGAUGAAGAUAAAUGGUCAAAUUCUUGGUGUUGUCUAUGCAACUUUGAGUCUUCACCACUCAAAUUGUGCAGGAAUGCGACAGCUGUGUUUUUUAAGCUGUCGUUAUGCUGUUUGUAAAUAAUUCAUAAAAUUAGAGCCGAAAAAAAAAGGAAAAAUAAAGGCCUUGAAAAGCCAAUGCGCUUAUUAGCUGCAGUAUGUCUUUCAUUUGUUAAAAAAUGUUGUUACAUUAUCUUUGUUUAACUGCUGGUUUAUCAUCUAUUAAGAUCAUUCGGUGCCUCUGGAGCUCAGUUACUAA